AUGCUCGGUGGAUACGAGGCACAAGCGGAGUACUACCCGCAAUGGCAUCAACCCUACAAUUAUGUUACUCAGCUUCCCUACGGACCUCUCGGCGUUCCCGACGCCGAUAGCCAGUCGACGUAUUGGGGCGCCGAUUCCGGUAUCUCGGGGGACAGUUCUGGAGCGGGUAGUCCCACCGCUUCGACGCCACCCCUGAUCGAGGAGAUCGGUAUACAGGAACCGAGUUAUUCGCAGCAGUAUCCAUCGGCUAGUCAGCAUUAUGCCACCCUGCAGUAUUCCCAGCAGCAGGAAACAUCGCCCCAUCAUCUGCAUCAUCAUCACCAUCAUCACCAGCCUAGUCACAGACGCGAGCACGAAUAUGCACAAGUCAGCCAGCAGCAGGCAGUCGGUGUCGUAGCUUCUCUUCAGCAACAUCUUCAUCAGAAUGUAGCGCGCGAGGGUGGCGUCGCGCCCAGGCCGAAGAGGAGGAAUACCGCCAAUAAAAAGGAAAGGAGACGCACGCAGAGUAUAAACAACGCUUUUGCCGAUUUGAGAGAUUGCAUACCGAACGUGCCGGCGGACACCAAGCUUUCGAAAAUCAAAACCCUGAGACUAGCAGCGUCGUAUAUCGGAUAUCUCAUGGCGGUUCUGGAGAGUGACGAGGGAGAGGAGCCACAGACCUUCCGCGCGGAGAUCCUUUCCAACGGCAGGAGGAACAAAGUGGCUCAACCCAAUCAGAAUGAGUCAUGUUUGCAAUCCGCCUCGAAUCUCGGCCACGAAGAGUCAACGAAGAGCAAAGGACGAACGGGAUGGCCGCAGCACAUGUGGGCCCUCGAAUUGAAACAAGAAUCACCGACCAGCCAGAUGCAAUAAAAUACAUGGGAGUCACUUCUGUCAAAACAUAUCCGCGACAUUUCACAAAAUAUCGCCCCAAGUUUAUAUUUACUCUUUUUUCCUCCCUUUUUUUUGCGACUGACGUUACUACUGAACGUCGAAAAGAUGCGAGCCGUGAUUUAACGUCUGCCACGUUUGUCUUUUAGAGAUGUCUCAUGAAAAAUAUCGAACGA